AAGGGUUAAAGCUUACAUUUUCAAAACAACGUCAAGCUGAGAGAGCGAGAGAAAGUGAGAGAGAGAAAGUGUGCGAGAAAGAAAGAGCGAAACUGUAGGUGAGGGGGCCUACACAGCUAAAGCAGUCAGAUGUGGGAGGGUCUUGGAGGCGUGGUGGCCUACUCCUCCCAGUGUGUAAGCAAGCAGUUGGUUAAGAUUCAGUCUAAAGGUAGAGCCUCAGAACAGAAGACUGACUCCACUGAACUUAAGGCUGCAUCACUGGUGGACAGGCAGGCUGCAGCAGAGCCCCUGUCAGUCUCCAAGUGUAGGGUCAGUAGGAGCACCAUGUCCCCAGGGGCUGCAACAGGAAGAGGGCUGCCAGAGGCAAAGCAGGAGGCCGGGGGAGAGGGAGGGACCCAGAGGGGCAGCAGAGAGCCUCUCAGCUCACAGACCCGAGGAGAGGCACAUGACUCCCCCCUCUUUCACUGGAGCAAGAAACACCACUGACUCUGGAGCGAGAGAAGAAACUCUCCAGACUCAGAGAAGCCAACCUCAAGGCUGUUCACAACAUAGGACCACAGGUCCAUAGAACAUAAAAACAGAACUGGGAUCUUACAAUUACGCAAUAUCUGGAUACAUCUUACUCCUGCCAAUGGAUUAACUGAGAGGACUGUUAUCUUUUUGGAUACAAGCACAGGUAUUGACGGAGUUACUUGCUGUUCUUUUUAAAACCUUGGGCUUUCUGGAAAAACAAGUUGACGGUGGUAUUUGCAUGAGAACACAUUCUUAUGCUUAGAAACCAUUGGAUGGAAUGAAAGUGAUGGUAGGGGGUAUAUUUUUCCAGCUAGUGUACUUUUAUGCUGGGGGAUGAGGCUAACGCUUAACUGGAAAGUACAUAGAUAACAUCAACUGAUGUGUACCCCUGAAAGUAAGGAAACUUAUUUUGUCCUCCAUUCUUUGGAAUUAUCUUGUACAAUUGAUCGCUGCUUUCCCACAGAAACUUUCCCAUUGUUGUAUUGACAUUCAUCAACACUCCCAUCCUCCAAACCCUACAACACUCCUCCCUAAAUAUGUAUAACAGCACUCUAGAGACUGAUGGCAUCAGUUAUCUGGGCUUGAGCCAAAGCAACUUGAGCUGCAUUAAGAGUGAUGGCUUCAAGUACACCAUGUACACCUCAGUCUUCAGCCUGGUCUUCAUAGUUGGGCUGCUCUUCAACAUGGUCGCAGUCUACAUCUUUGCCUGCACGCUGAAGCUGCGCAACGAGACCACGACCUACAUGAUGAACCUGGUGGUGUCCGACCUGCUCUUCGUCCUCACCCUGCCCUUCAGGAUCUUCUACUUCAUCAACCGAGACUGGCCGUUCGGCAGGGUGCUCUGCCAGCUCUCAGUCUCCCUCUUCUACACCAACAUGUACAGCAGCAUCCUCUUCCUCACCUGCAUCAGCGUGGACCGCUUCCUGGCCAUCGUCCACCCAUUCCGAUCGCAGGCGCUGCGGACGAAACGGAACGCCAAGCUGGCCUGCUGUGCCGUGUGGGUGUUGGUGCUGUCUGGCAGCCUGCCGACGGGCUUCCUCCUCGACACCACCUCGCUCAGGAACGAAAACUCCAACUCCUCCGUCAACUACUGCUUCGAGAACUUCUCCAACAAGCAGUGGCAGUCCAGUCUGUCCAAGGUGGUUGUGUUUAUUGAGACAGUGGGAUUCCUGAUUCCGUUGUUACUCAACGUCUUCUGCUCUGUCUCGGUCCUCCAAACGCUGCGCCAGCCCCAGGCCAUCAACCGGGGCGGCCAACUCAACAAGACCAAGAUCCUGAGGAUGAUCGUGGUUCAUCUCCUCAUCUUCUGCUUCUGCUUCAUCCCUUAUAACGUCAACCUGGUGUUCUACGCCCUGGUCCGCACCAAGCUGCUGAAAGGCUGCAUUGUGGAGUCGGUGGUGAGGACCAUCUACCCUAUCACCCUCUGCAUUGCGGUCACCAACUGCUGUUUCGACCCAGUCAUCUACUACUUCACCUCCGAGACCAUCCAGAACUCCAUCAAACGGAAGUCGAUGGCAAUUCGCAACAACAAUAAGAUGUGCGUGGGGCUUCAGACAGAUACGCUGAAGAGCCAGAGCACCAUGCAGAACAACCUGACGACUCAGAGAGAAAAAGUAUUUCACAAUGAAUCCACUGUGUGACGUCACCACCCGAAGGAGCCACUUUGAUGACGCAUCAGUGCAACAUGAUAUGACAUCAAUAUUUCAGAUGACUCAAUUGUUGGUGCAACAUGCCCAGACUAUCUAAAGCAAAAGAUGGGAGAUGGGUGGUCUGGAGUAGAUUCUAUAAGAACCAUGGCAUCACAGGAACACAGGAAGCAAACCCUUAUGUGCGGUUGCAUUAAGGGUACCCACUAAGUCCGUUGACUCAGCUCUGAGUGUUGUCGUGUUAAGGGCAAUUCCAGGAUAACAGUGACAUUAACUAGGUUUCUAUUCAAUUGGCGAAAUAUUUAUGCAAAUACUCUAAAAUCUGCACAUUUUCCCACCAGUGAUGCAUUUCUACCAAACUAACUUGUUGCAGCAGUCAAGCAACGGUCAUCGUGUCACCAGAAUAAGAGCCGCGAUAUUUAUUGGAAAGGAGCAUCAAGAUCAGUGUGCACUUUCACCACCCU